GUGAUCAUAGCGUCAUCGCCGCUGCUAUCCGCUUUGCGGGCUGUUUAUUUACUUGCAGCAAUUUCGCUAAAGCAUUUCAAUUAUUCCACAUAAUCGCUGAUAAACGCUGAUCGUGGACAGGAAGCAGUGAGCUUUAAACCAGAAGACGACCACCGCUCCACCAUGAACUGUAAUAUUGACGGAGACAUGGAGAAUCAGGCCGAGCAGGAGGAGAAAACACGACUUAUUACACAAGUGCUCGAGCUCCAGCACACGCUAGAAGAUCUCUCGGCCCGAGUGGACGCCGUGAAGGAGGAGAACCUGAAGCUGAAAUCGGAGAACCAGGUCCUGGGCCAGUACAUAGAGAACCUCAUGUCGGCCUCCAGCGUGUUCCAGACCACAGAUACCAAGAGCAAGCGGAAAUAAUCGCGGAACAGCGGUCUCCGUCUGACGGAGGAUCAGGGGCCAGGACGCACAAGCUCGAGUUUAGCGACACGCAUGCACAUGCACUAAAACUGAUCCUGGGAUUUAUUUCUAUUAGUUUGUGUAUAUAGUUUUUUAUUCUUUGCUAUUCUUUAUUUAAUCUUGUAUGCGGAGUGAUUGACGAGUCUCUGGUACACAUUGGACUCUCACUUUGCUCUGGAACAGCAGUGUUUUACAUUUAAUAAUGUGUAUUUUUUUAUUUUAUAGCCGCGGAUCUGUUUAGAUUUAACAUGCAUUUUGCAGCACAGAACUAUAACAGUGCAUGAGGUGCCUCUAUCACUCUUCCAAAGCAAUUUGCAUGAUUAAAGACGCUGAUAUUGAUUAUUGGUGAAGACUAAGACGCAUAACGUGCAAUAAAGUCAUUCAAUCUUU